UCAAGUACGAUCUUCGUGGCGGAGCAUGGAACAUACCGAUUACGUUGAUACUCUUUGUCCCUGAUACGCACAUUUAAUCUGCUGUUGCAAGAAACGUAGUCAUCGACUUUCUAUCUACCAAGUGUAUGCCACUGCUUACGUUUCGUCGAGUAAUUGAUUCGUAUAUCUCGUCUUUACAUCUUAAUUUCCUCUCUCUCGACAAUAUCGUUUCCGUUUCUUCAUUCCUACGUGCCACACGUAUCUUCUAACAAUAAAAUGCAUGUACGUAUCACUUGUUUUUGACUAGUAACGAAUGUAACGUGCGCAACGAAUAAAACCAAAUACUGACGCAAUGGGAAAGCUAUGGGGGCAACGAUCGUAAGCAUAAGUAACGUUAUCACGGCAAACAUAAUCAACAAAAGAUUGAGUCGAGUUGUUUAAUGUCCGUACUGAAAAUAGAUAUAAUCUCGCCGUCCCGAAGUAAAUGACUUUUAUGUAGCUAGCGAUAACGACGAACGAGACGAGCUCACUUAUUAUGAGUGAACACAUCCGACAGAGACCAAGUCACAAUCGUCGACUAACUAACAUGAGUAUCCGAGUAACGGUUUCGGUACUCGUUAUUAUAAUCGGUUCUAUACUAUUCGCCUAUGCGGCGUUUGCAUCCACGGUCGAUCCAACCGACGAUCAAACAUCCUUGCGACAGGUGAUAUUUGUUUUUCGACAUGGGGAUCGCACUCCAACGUCAACUUAUCCAAACGAUCCGUAUCGGGAUUACAAUUGGCAAGGAGGCUGGGGAAUUUUAACUAAGGAAGGUAUGUUACGAAUGUACAACGUUGGUCAAUGGAUUCGUAACGAAUAUGGUUCGAUAAUCGGCAACAAAUACGAAAGCGAUUUGUCUUUGAUCGAAAGCAGUUACGCGGAUCGGUGCAUAAUGUCUGCACAAGCUUUACUAGCUGCUUUGUAUCCACCAACGACCGAGGAAAUAUUUGUGCCAGGUUUAAUUUGGCGUCCUGUCCCUGUUCAUUCCACUCCCAGACAUUUGGACAAGAUAAUCGUAGUUAAGUAUCCUUGUCCAAGAUUAGAGAGAGCUUUAAAUGAAGCGUAUGUGAAUGAGUCCACACGUCCAGGAACUACUCCAUCGGCCAAAUAUUAUGAAGAACUUUCCAAAUAUACCGGGGAAAAUAUCUCGACAAUCACAGAUGUUGAAUUUCUGUACAAUACUUUGGAAAUCGAGGAACGUAACGGUUUGAAACUACCCGAAUGGACGAGCAAAUACUACAAUUGGCAAAUGCGUGAGAUCGCAGCUCGUAGCUUAGCCAUAUUUACGAGCAAUACGUUGCAACAGCGACUUCGCGGAGGCCCGUUGUUGAAAGAAAUUUUGAAACAUUUACAAGCUUUUAACAAUGGUCAAGAUACAAGACGAGCGUAUCUUUAUUCCGCUCAUGAUAUAACUCUCGUUAAUCUGUUAAGGACCAUGGGAUUUACGGAUGAAUACUUUAAACCCGAUUAUGGCUCGACGAUUAUUUUUGAAUUGCACGCUGCGUCUAAUUCUGCAAACACCGAAAUCAAGUUGAAAUAUCUAAAUAAUACGGAACCGAUAGCAUCGCAUUAUAUGAGUAUACCAAAGUGUGGCACGCCGUGUCUACUAAAAACCUUGACAAAGUUAUGGGAAAACGUGAUUCCCAACGACUGGGAUGCUGAAUGCCUGCUUACGUGAUUUUCUUUAAUUAAUUCUUUAAUAAAAUAUCUAUAAUUGUUUAUACUCGAUGAUCCAUCUUGCAAAAGGAGAACCUUCGGUCUAAUACACAUCCAUGAUAGUGAUAGCGCAUGCAACCAUGAACAAAGUGUGCUGUAUCAUACGAAUCAAUUCUAAUUCGAGCGAAGUUGGUUAAGAUUACUAAAUUGGCACAAAAUCGUUUAACCAGGAUGUGUCCGCGUUGCUUACGCAACAAAUGACACUGAAUGUUUUGCAUGUCUCGUUACGCAAUACGAGAACGAUUAUUCCAAGCACUCUUUCCGUUGAAUUCAAAUGCCCAAAUGGAAGAUAUGCGUGAACGUGUCGAUUACAUGUUACCGAGUUGAUAUCAACCGAUAUAUAUGCACGUAUAUAUGGAAUAUAAAUAUAAUGUAUUAUA